GAUUGUUAUAAAUAUUUGAUUCAUAGAAUAUUGAUUUAGAACUUGUCCAAUUCAGUUAGAUUAAAUUUGCAAAACCGUUCACAAUGGCAACGACUUCAAUCCAAGCACCAAACCUGUUCAAUGUCGACGACCUUGUAGCCGUCAUCACAGGAGGAGGAUCAGGAAUCGGAUUAAUGAUGGCACGAGCAUUAGCUCUUAACGGAGCCCACAAAGUCUACAUCAUAGGCCGACGAAAAGAAGUCCUGGAAAAAGCAUCCCAAUCCGUGACCACAAACAACAUAAUUCCACUUGUCGGCGACGUAACAUCUAAAGAAGCUCUAGACUCUAUCGUCACUAAAAUUGUCUCAGAAGUUGGAUAUAUCAACCUCCUCAUCGCCAAUUCUGGAACCCUCGGACCGCAAAAGACGAAAGUCCUGACGGCAGAAUCCACUAUUGCGGAUUUCCAAGAAGCGUAUGGACAGACGAGCUUUGAGGAUUUCUCUAAGACUUUUGAGUUGAAUACGGUAGCUGUGUGGUAUACGGUUGUUGCCUUUCUGGGAUUGCUGGAUGAGGGGAAUAAGAAGGGGAAUGUUGUUCAGAAGAGCCAAGUUAUUGCUACUAGUAGUAUUGGAGGCUUCAACAGGAAUGUGCCUGGCGGGUAUGCUUACGGACAGAGUAAGGCUGCGACUACACACAUGAUGAAGCAGUUGGCCACUGGCUUGGCGCCAUUUGGAAUCAGAUCGAAUAUACUUGCUCCUGGAUUGUUCCCGUCCGAGCUCGCCUCAGGUAUCAUCGGGGACGGUGUUUUCCCCAGGACAGCAAUCCCCUUAGAAAGAGUUGGCACAGAAGAAGACAUGGCGGGAGCUAUCCUAUUCCUGACCAGCAAAGCAGGCGCUUAUGUAACGGGCAACGUGAUAUUAAUCGAUGGCGGCAGACUGAGUCUAAACCCUGCCACAUACUGAGAAAGUUUUUGUAGAUGCCGUGCUACUUUGAUAGAAUCUCACUUUAUAUAGAAGCAUGAAUGACUAGAAGAAAACCUUUGCUUGUGUACUUUAGGC